UGAUGGGACGGACUGAUUGCGCGACAGCACGCGCACAAUACACACGCAGAGUAACAUUCACGCACAAAUGUCAAAAUCUCAAAGACUAAUACAUAAAUAUCCUUUAAUUCCUCAAAUCUUUACAGUUAGCAACUUUGCAUCAAACUCUUUUCUCACAUAAACUUUGAUAAUUCGUAAGCAAUGGAAUCGGAAGCUUCAUCGUUCGAGUCAAGCGAGACGUUGGCAGCUUUUGUGGCGUCGACGCCGUUGCUGGAGGAGUCUUGGAAGGCUUGCGGCGUCGCCGAUGCCUCGAUGGAUAGCCACUUCGCCGUGAUUAAAGUUGGUGGGACAGCAUACGUCGCGUUCUCCGGCAUCAAAUUGGCCGCCGGAGUCGACCAAAGUUGCCGGAAUUUGGUGCCGCUGCCGGAUGAACUAUUUUCUGGCUUGUGCAUGGAUGGGCCGGAUAAUCUGCCCAUGGUCCAUGCCGGAUUAUUGCAUCUUUUCCUAUCUGUUUACACAGACAAUUUCUUCCGUAAUCAGGUUUCCAUAAUGGUCAUGAACAAUUGCGCAGACGGCCAAAUACUUAGUUAAUCGUAUCAAUACGUAGUCAACUGAACAAAUAUAACUUGACCCCAUUUGAGGGUGGUUCAUUUUUUGGUAUACAUAUUGAGAAUAUACCGAUUCAAUUUUAAUGGAUUAAAAAUAAUGUUAUGACAUGGAUUGGAUUUUUCCAUUUUCAUAUAUUAAUAUUUUAUUAUUUUUUUUUUUGGUAACUAACUUUUGUAUUAAUCACCUUUGAAAUCUUUACAAACCUAUAGCUAGACUAAUAACACAGUCAGCUAUCUAACAAGUACAAGAAAAAACAAUCAGACCUAUACACUUCUAGAAAAUAUAAUCUAUCUCUAGAACAUAAAGUUUUGUAACAUGGUCUUGACCCUCAGACCUGCUCUAAUAUUACAAAUAUUGGUUUUUUCCCUUGCAAUGACUUCCCAGUUUCGACUCUUCUUUUCAGAAAUCAUUUAAUUCCUCUCCAUCCAUAUAAUCUUGAAGAUUUGUGCUUGUUGUGAUCUACCUUUAGCACUCUGGAUAGCACUUUAAAUUUCUUUUUCAUUUUUUAAGGGAAAAAAAGUGCAAUAACGGAUAUCUGUGAUAAUUAAAAAUUCCGUAGAAUAAUGCUUACAAAAAGUUACGAAAUACUCCUGGUAACAACAACAACAAUAACAACAUACCCAGUAUAAUCCCGCAAAUGAAGUAUGUGAAGGAUAUUGUGUACUGUUUCCGAAGACCUGUUUUUUUAUUCUUAAAAAGGAAGCUAAAAAAUACUAACAUAUGAUUCUGCCACAUUUUCCUUCGACAAAAUAAAGUAACUCAAAAUUUCGACAUUUCUUAUAUUGUAUCUACAAAAUUAAGCAAAAGAACUUUAAUGUGAAAUAGAAGGAACAAUUAUCAAGCAGACAUACUGCUACUGAAGGUAGAAAUUCAAUUUGGGUGAAAAGAGGAAGAUUAAUUUUUUAGUUCCAUGUCCCUCGUAACAAGAAAAGCUUUUACCAGAAUGAGUAAGUUCCAGAACUAAAAAAAUUAUAAAAAUCUCCAUGUGCAUCAUAAUCGAAUCUUGACUCUUGACUUUUGAUUAGGAUGUGGAACCGUAGAAGUUUGAAGAUUUAAAAAAUAUAAAAAAAUUUAUUUAAUGCUAAAACAAAGAGUAUUUUUCCUGGGAAAAAAACAAAAAUUAUUCUCUUCUAGAUUUUUUAGAACUUUCACACACUCUAUACUGUUCCUUUCAUCAUUUGAUUCAAUGCACCACAAUAUAAGUCAACAUCACAUUCUUGUAUUUUAAUACU